AUGGAGGGUUCUUUGAGUGAAGAUUCAUCCGUGCAGUCAUCCAAGGAGCUCAAGACUUCUGAGAAUGAUGGCCCUGAAGCAAAAGGUAACAGUAAUGUCGAGAAUUUGGAAGUUUCGGGAAAUAAUUCCUCGACCUCAUUAAACUUACCUGUCAAUGAUCAAUCUGAGUCGAUGGGAAUUGAAAAGACUACUUCAGAGGCUGUAAUUUCAACAAAUCCAAGCGAGCAAGAAGAAUUUGAUGGUUUGUCUGAUUCUUCUACUGAUAGUAAGAAGGAAAGUGGACUAAUUGAUAACACUAGCGAAGAAUCUGAAAGUCCUCAAAAUUUGGAUGUUGCAGCCGUUGAAGAAGAGAAGAAGAGUAGUAGUGAAAAAUGUGAUAGCAAGACAGAUGAUAUUCACAAGGACGUUGUUCCAACCAAUAAUGACAACAUAUCAAUUGAAGAUAUUUCUAAUCAGAAGGGUGACAAAAAUGCCUUUAAUGAUCCUGAGAAUACAUUGGUCAGUCCACAGAAUUCUAAUACAACUUUAGAUGUUGGAACAGCGAAUAAAAUUGUUUCGUCGGGUAUUUCUAAAGCUACCUCAGUCGGCAUUCCCACAGAUGAACAAUCUGAUGAUCUUCCGGCUAUGGCACCUUUCUAUAGGCUAGAUAAUGGAGAUUUCAAUCCUUACCCCCUUCUAUUGUUCGAAACAUGUCUGCCAGAGCAGUUAGCCCAUUCGGCACGUUCAAAGGUUGAAUCAUUGACUGCAAAAAUACACGAAAGUGAAGACAAAAUUCGACUCUUACAGCAAAAGUUUUUAACGACUAAGGAUGAAAGGGAUUCUGAAAGAAAAAACCUCACUGUGGAGCAGAAUAAAGCUCGGGGUUUUAAGGAGACGAUUGCAAACUUGAAGGAACAAAUACAACAUUAUUCUGAAUUCAAGCAGGGAACAAAUCAGAUGUUAUUGGACAAGCAAGAACGAAUUUCAGAAUUGACCAAGGAGCUUGAAACGCAAGUUCAGGUGGAAAAGAAGCUUAGGACGAAAAUCAACGUCAUGGAAAAUGCAAACGAUCAUCAUGAGUCACGGCUCACGCAAGAGAAGUUUGAUAGAGCUAAGCUUCAAAGGGAAUUGGAUCUUUCUCAACAGUCCGUUAAAUGGUAUGAGGAUGAAUUAGAUAAAAGGUCGCAUGAAUUGCAAUCAGUGAGAACAACUACGAGAGCUGAAAUAACCGGAUUACGAACUAGAGUUGAUAACGCUGAACAAAAUUGCACCGUAGCUACUGCUGGAAAAACGCAGUUAGAAACUGCUUUACAGGCUUUGCAGUCUAAAUAUGAUGAACACACUCUUAAAAUCAAAGAGCUCUCUGAUCAGAACGCACAGCAAGAUCGUUUAUAUAAGGAAGAGUUGGCCAAGAAAGAAAAGCUUUUAACUAUUCUCCAGGAGUCUAAUGAUGAAAGGAAAGCUUAUGAUGAAACUCUCCGCAAAAUUGAUGAAGAUGAGACUUCAUAUAAGGCGAAAUUUGAGAGUUUCAAGGAUGACCUUGCUCAAAGAGAGACAAGAAUUAAAGAUCUUGAAGAUACAAUCAAUGAUAUGAGUACAACGAACAUUGAAAGUACUGUAAAUAAUGGAAAUAUUUUGGAAGCGAUGUCGGAGGAUGGUUCAGUUGAUGAAGCAAAAGUUUCUUCGAAAGCUGCGAAUACAACUCUUUCCACGUCUGCAAGAAUGGUUUUGAAGGGCUCUGAAUAUUCAUUAACGGAUAUUCUUGCUCAAGUUAGUAAGUUAAGAAGAAAUCUUGUGCGCGAAAGGAGAGCGAAGGAGAAGGCAGAGAAAGAACUUUCUUUAAUUUUCAAGGAGUUAGAUCGUCGGUUGCCAUUAUUGAAAUCAUAUAAGGAGAAGUGUACAACUUUGGAAAUGAAACAAGGGCAGUUCGAAGUUAUUUUGGAUAAUUUAUCAAAGGAGAAGUCGAUGCUUCGGACCCAACUUACGAUUUCUAGCAAAAAGGCUGACGAAUUGCAGCUUCAGGUUAGGCAAUUAUCACAGUUUAAAGUUGAUUUGCAAAGACAGCUUGCUGUUUUACUCGCUGAAGUUACCGUGAAAGAUCAUGGUGGCGCUUUAACAGGUGAAGAUAAGGCAUAUAUAACUAAUUUGGUGGGUAACAUACCCACUAUUCAGGAUUCCACGGACACAGGUAAGCUAAUCACUGAGCGUCUUACGACAUUUAGGGAUAUUGCGGAAUUAAUCACGAAGAAUGAGCAGCUCCUAAUUGCAUCCCGAAAUUUGGGGUCGGAAUUGGAGGCAAAGGAGAAGUCUGGUUCCGCUGAAUUACAGCAAUCUGAAAAUCAAGCUCUUAUAAAGUCGAAGAAGGCAAUAUUGAAGUUGCAGGAACAGUUGCAAAAUACAAAAACACAACUAGCGGCAGCUUCAAAUAGCAGGGAUAUAUUGCAAAAAUUGAUUGAAAGUAACGUACAAAAUCCAUUUCAAAAGGAGGAUGAGAAAAUCUUUAAGCAAAGAUUUGAGAGUGCAACUGCCAAAUUGUCUGAUAAAGAGAAUGAAUAUAAUGCCCUCAAAAAGGAGUACAAUACAAAAGUGUUUGAGCUAAACGCCAAGGUUCAGCAGUUGAUGUCUCAAAAUUCGGAUGUUUCUUUAAAGCUUGCUAAGAUGCAAUCUUCUAAUCAGUUGCUUCAGGAGAAGAAUAAUACAUCAUCCUACUUUUUGGCCUCUGCAAAAGCUGAGAAUUCUCAAUUGAAAUCUGGUAUGUCCUCCUUACAACGAAAGCAAACGGGGUUGGAAGAACGUGCAGGUAAGUUGACUAAUGAAUUGUUACAGGCUAAGAGUAAUCAAGCCACUUUAGAGAUUCAGCUAAGGACAAUGAAGGCCGCAAAGUCAAUGUGGCAAGUCACUAAUGGAAAACUCCAUAAUGAGGUUGAGAAACUCACAGAUGAAAAAGCAAAGGCCAAUGCUUUGAUUAUAAAACUACAAACCCUUGACAGUGAAAGACAAGAGCAAUAUAAAAGCAGAUUUCAGCGUCUCCAAGCUGAUGUUGAUAGAUUGCAGAAGCAUUUGGAUACAGUUAGACAGAAAUUGAGCUCAAGCGUGGAAGAAACGAAACGAAUUCUACAUUCUAAAAAUGCCGAUUCGAAGAGUUAUCAGGAAAGAAUUGAUCAGUUGGUCUCUCAGGUGUCUGUUUUGAAGGAGACCUUGAAUUCCAAGUCACAAUCCGUAACGCUACUAAACAAAAAUUAUGAAUCUUUGCAGGUGAAGUAUAACGAAGUGACUGAAAGAAGAAAGGCUAAUUUAUCCUCCAUUGAGGGUUCGGAUACAACGGAUCGCGAUAUGGUUGCGGCUUUGAGACAGGAAUUGAAUAAUGCUCUUGAGGAUUCUAAACUUGCUACACAGAAUUCUGUGCAAUAUAAGCAAAUUGCUGCUUCGUCUGAGAAAGAGCUUAACUCAUUGAAUGAUUCCUUUAAUAAAUAUAAGGUCUCGACAGAAGGACAACUUUCAGAAGCUCAAAAAAAUAUUAAAAGUCUAACCUCGCAAGUGACGAAACUGCAGGAAGAAAAUGUUCAAAUUCAGGGACACUUAGAUGAGGUGACUCAAGAGUAUGCUGAGCAGAAGCAAAAAAGCGAAGAGAAAAUUCGGGAGUUAGGAAAGAUCAUCGAAUCAUUUGAUGGUAUAAAGAAUGAUUAUGAUUCCAGAUUGAAAUCAGCUAAAGAAGAAAUUGCAGAAAAGGAAGAGAAUCUUAAAGAUGCUGCUAACCAGGCAACUCGGAGCAGUACGACAAUUCAUAAAUUGUCUGAAGAAAAGGAUGAUCUUUCAAAAAAGAUGGAUGCAUUGCAAAGCCGACUUUCUCAGCUUCAAACUAGCUUGCAGAAGGCUGAAAUGUCAUUGAAAUCAACCAAUGUUUUGUUUGGUAAAGAAAAGAGUGACUUAGAAGAGCAGCUUAAGCAAGACCAAAUUAGAAUCACUGAACUUGAUGCUCAGAAUCGGACAUUGAUGAAUCAGUUAGAGAGCAAGUCUUCCGAGGAUAUUCAUGCAAUAGAUGAAUCGAGUGACAUGAAAGGUUUAAUUGGGUAUCUGCAUAGAGAAAAUGAUUCCUUGUCACAACAAUUGCAAUAUUUGAAGGCUGAAGAAAAGCGUUUGAGAGCAAGCGUAAACUCAAAAGAUUCGGAGCUUAGCAAUUUAAAGACACAAUUAGUUGAGGCUAAGGAGAAAGAGUCUGUAGCCGAUAAAUAUACAACCCUCCUUGAAAGUAUGAAAAAGGAGUCACACGAGCUACAGGUCUUUAAAGAUAAUAACAUAUCUCUUCGAACCCAACUCGAAAGCUUCAUUACAAAAGCAAAAGAUCUUGAGUCUAAACUUGUUACUGCGUCAUCCAGGUCUCAAGCUCUUGAAAAGGAAUUAGCAGGAUUGAAAUCAAAUUUGGUUUCCAAGAGUGCUGAAUUGGAAAAGGCACAAAUGCAACUAAAAGAUUUAUCCGUGAAGUUCAAUACUACCUCCGGUUCUGUGAGCACUAAGGCGAAAGAGAUUGAGCUGCUUAAUAAGCAGAAGAAUGAAUUGCUACAAAAGGUGACGGAGCUUCAAAGCACAAAAUCUGGUAAGGAUAAAGAGCAAUUAAGGUUGUAUCAAGUGGAAAUUGCAAGAUUGAACAAGGAGAUUGGUGAACUUAAUUCAAAUCUGACCUUGGUGAAGCAAGAGUUAGCUAAGAAGGUUGAAGAAACCAAGAAGCAAGCACGCUUAGCAAAAUUCGCUGCUGAACCAAAAAAUAGCAUAUCAACGGCCAACAAUGUGAGAGAAGAAUUCAAGAGAAAAGUUUAUGCAAAAGAAUUGGAUAGUUUCAAAAAGAAGCUUGAACAAGAGAAAGAUGACUAUAGGAAGAAAAUUGAGGCUGAAAGAGAUGCGUUUAAGAAGCAAGUUGAAACUGAAAGCAAACAGCAUCUACUUGAGGAAAUGGAUGCAUACAAAAAGCGUGUUCGUGCCCCAACUAACGCAAGGAUUAGUGAGGUCAUCGAGCAAAGAUGGAAGGCUCGUUCAGCGCAACUAGAUGCACAGUAUGAAGCCAAAGUAAAGGAAUUAGAGGAAAAGAGUAGGCAACAGAUGUCAUCUGAAAAUUCUGGAUUCUCGGAUAUUGAUAGAAGCAGGAUUAAGGAAGAACUGGAAAAAGAAAAGGCAGAAGUGCGUAAAGAGGUCACUGCUUCUGUGAAAAGGGAAACACAAUUCAGAGAGAAUAUUUUAAAGCGGCAGCUCGAAAAUUUGAAGCACAAGUUGGAAAAAAUUGAAACUAAGGACAACAUCAAUGAAACUCAUACUGAUAGUAUUGUUAUGUCCGCCUCGUCUGUAACAGGAUCUUCUGCUCCGGGAUCGUCUAUUUCCUUUUUAUCUGGACACCGUGAUACUGGAUCAAGUGGUUCAUUUAAUAAAAGUUCGGAUUCGAAAGUCCCUGUUUCUGUCACGCCAGACCCACGAGCUGUUACCCUUCCUACAAAACCAGCAAAAAGAAAGUCUGAUGAUGAUGCCUCUAACGUGGAAAAGCGCCCAAAGACAGAUUAG